AUGGUGACAUUGCCAUUACAAUCACCGGAUGCCAAGUCUUGUCCGUUUCUGGUACAAUUUGUCAAAGACUUGCUAAACGUUGACCAGUGUCUUGACCCCACUGGACGAUGCUUUGGUCCCGUCCGCAUACUAUUUUCUCACAUUUUCUACGAGUCUGAGCUGUCGUUUGCAGUGGUGAACCUAAAGCCAAUUGUACCAGGACAUGUCUUGGUGGUGCCGAAGCGACCAGUAGCACGCUUUGAAAUGCUAGAUGUGGAUGAAGUGCGCGACCUGUGGACCACUGCCCAGCUGGUGGGCAAGCAAGCAGAGCGUCAUUACAACGCAUCUUCUCGCACCUUUGCAAUCCAGGAUGGCAAGGAAGCAGGUCAAACAAUCUUACACGUGCAUAUUCACGUCAUUCCACACAUGGUGCAAGAUUUUUUCAAUGCAAUGACGACAUUUACACAGCAAUUGAACAGCACGAACAAACUUUAG